AUGAAAUUGCCCUGGAGUCUUAUUGCUGUCGUCCCGGUGCUUAUCACCAAGCACCUUGCAGCUGGUGCGGAGGACAGAACGCAGCAUGUUAAUCUCUUUAUUGGCACUGAGGGCCCCGACCCGGGCACAUCUUAUAAUUCUGGUAAUGUAUUUCCCGGAGCCAGUCUGCCUUUUGGCGCUGUUAAAGUUGGGAUUGAUACGGCCGAUAUUACCGCGAACGGCGGCUAUACCCCAGAUUCAAAUGUUACCGCCAUCACGAUGUUACAUGAGAGCGGCACGGGUGGAGCACCAACCUAUGGGCUUAUACCUCAAAUGCCCCUUACGAGCCUUGACGGUGUGAAUAUACUAGACAAUAUGACUUAUAUGCAACCGCGAGUUUCCCCAGACGUGGCUGAGGUCGGAUACUAUAAGACUCAGCUACAGAAUGGUGUCACUGCUGAGAUGAGUGCUGCUAUGCACGCCGGAAUAAUUAGAUACACAUACCCUAACAAUUCGGAUGGACGCUAUAUUCUGGUCGACAUUAGCCAUUAUCUCCCCAGCACUGGAGACAAAGGACAGUUCUAUAGCAAUGGAAAAAUCGACCGUAGCGAUGAUGGUACUUCUUAUUCCGGUUAUGGUGUAUAUCGUGGGGGCUGGUCCACUGGGGGUGACUAUCGAGUAUACUUCUGCGCUCGAUUCGAUUCUACCCCAUCGCAGUCUCAACUCUUCUCGGGUAAAGCAACAGACCCAUACUGGCCCAGCACAAAGAAUUCUACAGCAACUUUCACCAAUGACACCAGUAUCGACGGUGGAAUCAUAGGAUACCAAUACGCAGACCGUGUUGGGGCCUUGUUCGAAUUUCCCUCAAACGUCACAACAGUUAAUUCCAAGGUUGGCGUAUCUUGGGUCUCGACAGACAAGGCGUGCCAAUUCCUCGACGAAAUCCCGCAUUGGAAUUUAGAGCAUGUUCGAGAUGCCGCGAAAGACCAGUGGAACUCAGACGUAUUCUCGAAGAUUGACGUCACAUCGAUGAACUACACCCAAUUGGAAAUGUUUUACACGGCUAUGUACCAUGCCCACCUACUUCCUUCGAACAGAACUGGAGAUAAUCCAUACUGGGAAUCAGAUGAGCCAUAUUAUGACGAUUUUUAUACCAUUUGGGACACAUUCAGAUGCCUCCACUCCCUCUACGUGUUGAUUCAACCGAGGACACAAAUCGAGAUCGUUAGAGCUCUAAUAGACAUUUGGCGGUUUGAAGGAUUUAUGCCAGACGGGAGAAGUCACAACUUUAACGGACGAGUACAAGGCGGUUCUAACGCUGAUAAUGUGUUGGCCGAUUCUUAUGUGAAGGGCCUUCGAGGGGGUAUUAAUUGGACGGAUGGUUAUGCGGCCAUGAAGAGCGACGCAGAUGACUUGCCCUUCAACAAUUUCGACCCGGAGGAUUUGACCGGGAGCACUAAGGAGGGUCGAGGCGCACUUCGAGACUGGAGGCAAUACGGUUAUGUCAGCCCGAAUUUUGGACGAUCUCUGAGUAAGACCGUCGAGUACUCAUUAAACGACUUCUCGGUAUAUCAAGUAGCCAAGGGAGAAGCACCGAACGACGCUACCAAAUAUCUCAAUGGUUCUGCGGGCUGGCAGAGGACAUGGGCCUCAGACGUAACGUCGCUGAAUUUCACCGGAUUUUUAGCGCCCACGUGGCCGAAUGGCAGCUAUCAGGACUACGAUCCAAUAUCAUGCGGCGCCUGCGAAUGGAGUAGUAUAACCUACGAGGGUGUCCCGUGGGAGUAUAGCUGGACUGUCCCAUUUGACAUGGAGUCAUUGAUCUCUCGGAUGGGAGGCCCGACGAAAGCGGAGUCAAGACUAGACACCAUGUUUAUACCGGGUCUUGCAGGGUCGAACGUAGGCGGGAAUGGUGCUGGCACGACUAUCUAUAACCCGGGUAAUGAACCCAGCUUCAUGACACCGUUCUUGUAUAAUUACUUCUCGAAGCGGCAGCAUAAAUCAGUUCAGCGAUCACGGGAGGUAGUAGAUCAAUUCUACAAUACGGGUCCCUCCGGAAUCCCUGGAAACGAUGAUGCCGGUGCGAUGAGCAGCUGGUUAAUCUGGAAUUUGAUCGGUAUCUACCCGGUUGUCACACAACCUGUGUAUCUGAUCCUUUCCCCACGAUUUGAGAAUAUCACUGUGAGCGUUGGGGAGUCCGGCGCUGUUUUAAGCAUUAGAGCUACAGGGUUGGACGAGGGGCCGUAUAUUCAGAGCCUAAAAGUCAACGGACAGUCGUGGAACCAAAGUUGGGUCAGUCAUGAUGACAUAGUCCGGCCUAACGGAGAGGACAGCUUGCUGGAAUUUGAGCUUGGUGCCGAGAGGACUGCGUGGGACUCUGGUGAUGUGCCACCUAGUCCUGGUCAUUAUGAGAUUUGA